AUGGUUUCACGCACAAGAGUUGGUGAAUUGGUGCAGGGUGUUGUUUCAGGGCUAAAUAGAGGGCUUGUUGCAAGCAAAGAUGAUGUACAAAAGGCAGAUGCUGCUGCCAAGGAGAUUGAAGGUGUUAGAGAGCCAAUUGAUCUUCAUAAAAUGCGAGGCUGGUGGAAACUCAGAUAUUGCAGUGCCUUCUCCUCUCAGUCGGCCAUUGCAAUGCCUGACCACGUAACUAUUGGCGAGGUAUUUCAAAGGAUUGACAUCUUAAGCAAAGAUUUUGAUAAUAUAGUAAAUCUUGAAUAUACUGGUCCAGAACCUGGUAAAAAGAUUGACAAAUUCGCCCACAAAUUGGAACUCAUAGGGUCGUCAAAGGUUAAAUUAACAUAUGACAGCUCCAAGUCACAACAUAAUUCACAAGCACCAUGGGCGAUUCUUGAUGCACUAAGGCCGGCAGCAAAAACAGGAAGCAGUACUGAAUUUGAAGUUACCUACCUUGAUGCAGAUACCCUAACCACUAGGGGAGACGGGAACAAGCUUUCGGUCUUUUCUUUACGAUCACAUGGACUUUAA